CUUUCAAGAGGCGGAAGGGGGAGGAAAAGAGGAAGAAAGAAAAAGAGAGCAGAAUACGGAGAAACGGCGGGCGCCAUCGCGCGGGCGACCGCGACUGUAAGGGGCGGCCGCCAACCCCCUCAUUUUUCCUCCUUAUAUUAUUCGAAAAGAUGGUCAUCAUGGCUGCAAUAGACGAUCACGAGCGAAAAGUCGUCCUUGAAUUUUGUCACCUACUUGAAAAGAGUAAGCAGUUGUUUAAUGGACUCAGGGACCUACCACAAUACGGCCACAAGCAAUGGCAGGCAUACUUUGGCCGCACAUUUGACAUCUAUACUAAGCUCUGGAAGUUCCAGCAGCAGCAUAGACAAGUACUGGACACAAAAUAUGGAUUGAAGCGUUGGCAAAUAGGCGAAAUAGCUAGUAAAAUUGGUCAGCUGUAUUACCAUUACUACUUGCGUACAAGUGAAACAAGUUAUCUGCACGAGGCGUAUUCUUUUUAUGCAGCCAUACGCGGUCGUGCUUAUUACAGUAGAGCGGCGAAGGAGGACCGCAGUGACCUGAUGGUGAAGAAACUGCGGUAUUAUGCUCGUUUCAUCGUCGUCUGUUUGUUGCUAAACAAGAUGAAGCUUGUGAGAGAACUAGUCCAGGAACUGGACGCUCAAAUCGCCGACUAUACGAGUACGUACGAGCCUGAGGACCAGGUCGAAUGGAACCUAGUGCUUGACGAAAUCAAGGCGUUCGUGAAAGCGGAGGCUGCAGUAGGUGUUCUCCAUUCAGAUUCUAGCCCAGUUGUGUUGACCCACAGACUCGGUCCGUUGACGUCGCCACCGGUCGAGCGAUCGCCACCCAUGUGCCUAUCUCUUCAAGAGAUUCUGAUCGUUGGCAAUUGCACCGAUCAGGUCAAAUUCAGUGAGUUGUCGAUGGAUAUGUUCAGGAUGCUGCAAACCCUGGAACGAGAACCAAAGGACGAUCCAAACCACCUGCAUGAUGCUUCGCCCGCAGGUAGAAUACCUUUCAGACCUGGUCCUUAUCCAAUGGAAAAUGGAGUACCUAGACGCGACAAUCCUCACAAAUAUCUUCUUUAUAAACCAACCUACAGUCAGGUCCAGGUGUUUCUUGCUAGUGGAUUCAAAGAAUUACCGACGAACGGGGCACUUCUUCUUUACCUAUCCGCCGACGGCUGUUUCUCCACUGUCAAAAGACCUGAAGAAAUGGGCUACGACCUAGGAGGUGUAUCGACGAGUAGCAAAAGAGAGCCAGAUCAUGGGAAAAGGCCAACCGGCGGAAAGGAGCCUCAUUGCCUUUACCCCGGAGACCUGUAUCCAUUCACACGAAAACCUCUUUUCGUGGUCGUUGACUCGGACAACAGCUUUGUAUUUCAACAGAUACCUCGGUACUUUGGCCAGCCACUUAUGGUCCUGAUGUCGCCCCAAGACACCCCAUCGACUUUAAGAGAUCUUCGUCAUGGUGGUAGCCUCUUUACCCUCUUUCUCCAUGCCCCGCUUGCCGCUUUUUGCCUUAUCUGUGAGAUUGAUAGCCUCGCUGUACAUCACUGGGAGCGUUGCGAAAGUUACAUAGAGCGAUUCCUCAUCGAGGCCAGUCGGCUCGUUAUGCGGUCUAGAUGUGAAACCAGUGUACUACAGUUUUUUGGAGACGAUUUUUUGCGGCUGCUGUUAGUCCGAUACGUGUUCUGCGAUGUGGUGCUCCACCUACACCGUUCGUUUCGAGGUAGGCAGCAAAGGCCACGCUGUCACCCACCUUUGCCGGAAGCAGAAGUCCUCGAGCAUCCAACUCUGCAUAACCUUAUCUUAGAUUUGGCUGGUUGCUUGAAUGCGCGCGAUAACUUUCCCGACAUCAACGAUUUAGCCUGACCCAGGCAUCUUCCUGGUCCGGCCCCGGACACGAAAUCCGUCUUAACUUCGUACAACCAUGAUAACAAUUACGAUCACUGCAAUUACAAUUACAAUUACAAUAAUAAAAUCGAGACAUUGAGACCUUAUUAAAACACAUCUGGCAGUUACGUGUGGUCUGUCUGUAUAUAUACGUACACAUACGCAAACACACCCUCUGCAGACUCCGUUACCUCUCCAUCGCCUUUACGAGCUGCUUUCUCAUAUACUUCGCUGUUCUUAUACAUGAGUCAUGUGUCAAAUUAAAUCCUAUUUGGACAGAUGGAUCAGCACGAUAAUAUUUUAAUAAUACUCGCAGAGCAUAUAGUCAUUCACGAUCUAAUUACGAUCAUGUCAAUGAUUAAUCACCUGUUAAUAUUAAAAUGUUGCGAAGAUUUUUUUAAAAAUUAAUUUCUCAUUCUAUUUUCUUUUUAUAACCCUUAUACAAAAGGAAUUUUGUGAGAUAUCCCAUUUAAGCCUCAGGAAACCUAAUGACAUCCUAGAGAUAUCUAUGAGACAUUUACAAGAUGUUCCACAAAGCCAAAAAUUUCUAUAUCCCAGGGACAUUCACAGGAUAUCCUGAA